AGAGCUUCCAGUGGGAUCAUCGCUAGCAGGCCACAGCGAGCUCUAGAUUUCUCCGUUGAGAGAUUUGAAAAUUUCUUGUUUGGCUGUGAGGAGUGAAAGCACACGCACGCACGGCCUUCUUCGUGUUUUAGCGAGCUAGCACAAGAGAUCAGGGAAAACGAAGAGGGGAGAUCUUGUUCCUUCUCGUUCUUGCUUCCCAUGUUGUCGCUAGAGGUGGGCGGGAGGAGCAGCGGCGCCGCCAUGUUUCGACGGGAGGAGAGCCACCACGAGCGCCUCCGAGCAAUGUCGAGUAGUCUCACGCUGGGCCUCGACACUGCCACCAGCAGCUGCUUCGCGAUGGCCAAGAAUUCUUGCGCCGUGCGGAGGGAGGAGAUCGAGAUGGCGGUGGCCGCGCAGUAUCACCAUCACCAGCAGCAGCAGCAGCAAAGAUCUUUUCCAGUGCAGCUGGACCUCUUGCCGAGAGCUCCAGCGGUGCCAGCGAUGGCAGCGUCGAAUCACAACACCGAAUCGCCACCGCCCGUCUCUUGCGUGUCGCAGCUCACUCGGCAGUCGCUAUUUGGAGGAGCGGCGAGCUCGGGGAUCCACAAUGAUUGCGAGGAAAUCGCUGCGCCUGAGACGCACUCGUCGAGCAGGGGGCCGUCGCCGGGGCCGCCGCGCGGCAUCGACAUGAAUGAGAUCCCUGCGGACGUGGAGGGAGGGGUAUCGUCCCCGCGAAGCUGCAGCGUGUCGCCCGGCGGCAGCGCCGGCGCGUUCGCGUUCGACAUUGCUCGCAAGGGCGGCGAGAGCAGCAGUGUCAACAUCAAGAGGGAGAGAGAUCCGCGCCCCAGCGGCGACGGCGAUGCUGGCGAUCGUGCCAAUUGCGAAGUCAGCUCUAGGGGGAGUGACGAGGAGGAUGGAGCUCCGCGCAAGAAGCUCCGCCUAUCCAAGGAGCAGUCGGCUCUCCUCGAGAAGAGUUUCAAAGAGCACAGCACUCUCAAUCCGAAGCAAAAGAACGCACUGGCCAAGCAUCUCAAUUUGAGGCCUCGCCAAGUAGAAGUCUGGUUCCAAAAUCGUCGCGCAAGGACCAAGCUCAAGCAGACCGAGAUCGACUGCGAGCUCCUCAAGCGCUGCUGCGAGACGCUGACCGAGGAGAACCGGCGGCUCCAAAAGGAGCUCCAGGAGCUCCGCGCCAUCAAAGUCCCUCCUCCCUGCGUCAUCUCCCAGGACUUUUACAUGCCGCUCCCUGCAGCCACGCUUACAAUGUGCCCAUCCUGCGAGAGAUUGGCGGCGGUGGACACCAGAUCCGGCCACAUCCCACCAUCUUUCUCCAAAUCCCACCACCCCCACCACCUUCAACAACAAGCAGCAGCAGGAGGAGCCAUGGGCAGCGGCCAUCACUUCGCGCCUCACUCCCAGCCCCCCGCCGCCUAUCAGAGCUGAUUCCGCGCGAGCGAAGCAAGCGAGAUUGAUCAUCCAAGAUCAUCCCGACCCAGCGGCAAAGUGGUGAUAGAUCCGAGGGCCGAUCUCUGUUCUAUGGCGACCCAAAAGUGGAAGGUUUCCAAAAGUUUCUUUCUGACUGGAUAUAUUACCAACUUGCGCGCGUUCGAUCAUGAUCACUCCACACACACACACUCACACUCACACUCGCACUCGCACCAGCAAGCAAGCAAGAACAACUGUGAGUCAUCGCUAUCGUACUUUUGGGACGAUUUUAAGCGAGCAAGCAAAGCUGGGCUUGGCUUGUCUCUCGCCUGGCCUUUGGCAAAGUCAAAAGCAAAGGCUGGAAAAAUUUGGACAGUCAGUUGAGUGGAUGGGUCAGUCAUCAGUCAGCAAGCAGCGAGUCAGGCUCAGAGAAAUCAUUCACACACACAAAUUUUCUUCUUCCACACACAGCAAGAAAUACAUAUGUACUUACACCCAAGCACAAAAAAAACUUUCACACACACACAAAGCUCUCUCUCUCUCUCUCUCUCUCUCUCUCUCUCUCUCUCUCUCUCUCUCUCUCUCUCUCUCUCUCUCACGCCAGCCACAGUUUGAAUGGGGCCAAGCCCAGCAAAGGAAGGAAGUCGUGCGCGACCCGUGAGGUGUGCCGAGAUUCAACAACACCAAUGUGGUGUGUGUUUGUAAAGCUUGUUUCUACAUGCGGUACAAGAAAUUCCGCGGUACUUAGGACAGUGGCAUCUAUCUUGCUUGUGGACUGUUGCUGCUGUUUUGCUGCUCUUGCGCUCUUGCGCUCGCUCGUGUAAAUUAUUCGCAGGAAUUCGCUCA